AUGCCACAACAAGAAGAAGCCGUUAAGCGGAUUGAAAAAGAUUCUUUGGGAGAAGUUGAAGUGGAUGCCCAUGUUUAUUGGGGAGCGCAAACUCAGCGGUCCAUACAGAACUUUCCUAUUGGUUGGGAGAAAAUGCCUGAAAGCAUAAUUUAUGCGUUUGGGAUUCAGAAAGCUGCUGCUGCAAAAGCAAAUAUGGAGCUCGGCGACUUGGAUCCAUCUCUUGGAAAGGCAAUUUUGCAAGCGGCACAGGAAGUGCAGGAUGGAACUUUACAGGAUCAGUUUCCCUUAAAAGUAUGGCAAACGGGUUCUGGCACACAGUCGAAUAUGAAUGCGAAUGAGGUCAUUGCGAAUCGAGCAAUAGAACUUCUUGAUGGUGUAAAAGGGUCUAAAGAGCCUGUUCAUCCAAAUGAUCAUGUGAAUAUGGGGCAGUCUUCAAACGAUACAUUUCCCACAGUGAUACAUAUUGCAUGUGCAGCACAAGUUCAUAAGGCUCUUUUGCCAGCUCUGGACGCUUGCGCAGAGGUAUUGGCCCAAAAAGUAAAAGAAUUUGAAAAAAUUAUCAAAAUAGGACGAACCCAUCUUCAAGAU